AUGCCUCUCUACGACGUCCAACACAUCUGCCCCCUCACCGCUCAACAACAAGACGACCUCGCCGAAGCCAUCACCGUCAUCCACUCCCAGAAAUUCACCACCCCACGCAUGUUCGUCAACGUCAAAUUCACAGACAACACCCUCCCCAACGCCCCGACAACCUACGUCGCCGGCAAACGUCGCGCGGGCAACCACAUCUUCGCCAAUGUCCGCGUCGGUCCUUCCCGCACACAGAAAGACUGGAAUAAUCUCACCAAUGAGAUUGUGGAAGCUUGGAAUCGGGUUGUGCCGAUGCCGGUGGACAAGAGGAAUGGGCACUCGGCGGGGAAAGGUGUGGACUAUGAGUUGAGGGCUUGUAUUCUGCUUGGAGGCAUGAUUGGGGGGUAUGAGGCGGGGUUUUUGAUCCCGAAGGCCGGGGAGGAUGUGCAGUGGAUGAAGGAUAACUGGGAGGAGUUUCAGAUGAAGGCGCAGAGUGGGGAUGAGCUGUUUGCGGAGAUGGUGGAGGAGAUUCAGACGAGGGGUCUGUUGGAGGGAGCUGGGAAGAGUGGGAAGGAGAAGUUGGAGGAGGCGCUUGGGUGGGGAGAUAGUGCUUGA